UGAUAUCAACUACAGUUGCUACGCCAACGGAAGGGGUAGCAACAUCGAUGGAGGCGGUGACGGAGAUAGAAGACGAAGAGGUCGAGUAUGAGGAGGAGAAUCAAGUGGGACUGGCUGAAGAGGAAAGUUCCGGAGAGUCUGAGGAUGAAGAUGAAGGAGAUGAUGAUGAGUCUGUUGCUGUGGUCGAGCCUUCUCUGGCUGUUUUUAUUAUUGAGAGAUUUCAAGGUUCAGAGGGUGAAGAAAUCUUGACUGAUGAUUACCUUGGUGAAGGAGAAGCAACAUUUAUAGGAGGCCAUGUUUAUAAGGGUGAUUUCAGAAAUGGUGUCAUGCAAGGCAGAGGAGUGUACGAGUGGGCAGACCACGUCAAAUACGAGGGAGAGUUCAGUUAUAGUACAGCGAUGGGUGAAGGAAUGUUUACUUGGCCGGACGGAAGUGUGUACAAAGGGACAGUAGAGAGAGGCAUUCGAAAUGGAUACGGAGAGUUUUACUGUUCAAUGUGUCCGUCUGUCUAUUCUGGUCAGUGGAUAAGAGGACAGCGACAAGGAGAGGGACAAAUUAAUUUUGACACCAACGGCCUGUCAUACUACCACGGAAACUUUGUUGACAAUCAAAGGGAAGGCAACGGAGUCCGUCGUUACUUAUCUGGCAACGUGUAUGAAGGUGAUUGGUUGAACAACAAACGUCAUGGUCACGGCACUAUGUGGUGGCACAACAGGGCAGAGAGAUAUAUUGGCGAAUGGGUGGAUGGCGUUCAGAACGGCCAAGGUGAGCAUGUCUGGUUUCAGAAGAGACACACGGGAUCUCAGUACUCGAUUAGAAAUCGUUAUUUGGGCAGUUGGAAGGACGGACUUCGACACGGGUCUGGACUCUUUGAAUACGCCAGUGGUGCAUACUACGAAGGCGAAUGGAAAAGAAACAAGAAGCACGGGAAAGGAAAGUUGGUGUUGCAGAACGGUGUCGUUUACGAAGGAAUGUUUGAGGACGACAAAAUGAUGGACGACGUAACAGCACAAAUAGUCACAGACCCGUGUAGGCCACAAACCCCAUUGUUGUCACUGAUUGGUGAUGUGAGACGUUCAGAUAAGAAUGAGAGUCAAAGGGCUGACAACCAACCGCAGCCCGGUCUUCUGUUGAAAAUUGAAAGUUUGCUUGAGGAUGCAAGUUCUGUAGAAAAGGAGUUGCAGGAGGUUCAUUACAUACUCCUUCGGCAUAUCACCCAACUACGAGACAUCUACACAUUCUACUCUCGUCUCGGUCGUCAAGAAUCAGACGACAACAUAUCAGUUCUAACCAGAAUGCAGUUUUGGAGAUUCCUCUGCGACUGUCAGCUUCAUUACAGUCAAGCUACAUUGGCCGAAAUCGAUGACCUUGUUGGACAGGCACUCGAUCUGACAUCCGAUGCGGAGCUUCAUCAUCCCGACGGGCAGUUGCUGUUUAGACAGUUUGUGCAGAUUUUGGUUCAUCUCGGUCACUUCUUGUACAUUCACAAAGUCAAGGAUCCUGGAAUGAAUUUCUUGUUGGCAUGGUGUUUUUCUCAACUCUUGGACAACGAUAUUCUACCAAAAGCGUGUUGUGUGAAAGGGUUGCUGUAUCCCAACUGUAGGAAGAUUAUUUAUGUCAUGCAAUACAAGAAAGAGACCUACCACAUUUUUCAAACGCAGUCAGCAUUACUAAAGAGAACGGAUGCAAAACAAGGGACCAUGAAGAUGAGACACUUUCUCUUCAUGUUGAAGAGAUUUGGACUAAUCGAUGAUCAUCUGACAGCAACUGUGGCAGCCGGUAGUAUAGCACGAGACAAUCCUAUUGCUGACGAUGGCAAUGAUCGUAACUUUGAUGUCGAGAUUGUGUUUUUGGAGUUCUUUGAGGCUCUUGUUGACUGUGCCAUCCAAACCACACCUCUACGACUAAAAUCUGAAAAAGGGUCGAGCACAACUGCUGUGUCUUCUGCAGUUUAUGUCAAAGACGGUGCACAGAAACUUACAGAACAAGAGGAUGAGAGCAGAGAUGAGGACGUGAGAGAUGAGGACAACGAUGAAGACGAGGAAGAGGAAGAGGAAGAAGAAAAGGCCAUUCAGCCACCAGAUAAUACCUCCAUUGCUCCAGUAAUGAGCACUGCUUCUCUUGGAUUAGUCAAUAAGGAGCAAUCAUUGAGUGCAAAGGCCAGUGUUGCUUCACUCGAUCAUGUAAACAAUAAAAGUUCUAUCACACACGAGAAACAGGAAGGAGUUAAAAGCAGCGCAUCAGCCAGUCGUCAUAGCAUGGGGAAGUCAGGUUCUAUUCUCAACAUUCAAUCAACAUCGUCCAUCACAGGUGGAAAAUCCAGUCCAGUGGCACCUGUUGUUUCUAACAUAUCCGUAGCUGAACAAGUAAUACCUGAAGAAGACAGUGUACACAACAAUGAAUUCGAGGUAGAAGGCGAGGAUGAAGAUGGAGAUAACACUCCGAAGUCGCCGUCGUCUCUCAGUCUAUCUCCCUGCCCCAAAGGCGACGAAAGCAGCAAAAUGUCGUUGACCGGUGUUGAUGUGAACGAUCCAUUUCAAGUGUGGUGCUGGCAAGUGGACAGGUUCUUCACCAAGCGUCUGUUUCCUGCAGCGCGAAAAUCUUCAUCUUGACAAUGUAAAGGCAUACAGACUGUUCAAUAAAUCUAAAAGUUUAGUUGACUUUGACUACACAUACGAUUUUGCAUGAUUAGGCCGUUAUUUAUUUUAUGUGGCAAAUGAUGAGUGUCUUGAUGUUUCAAACACCAUCUCAUGUGAAUAGGACACAAUAACAGUCGACGAGUGAUAACAACAAC